CAUCGAGGUGAAGGAUCACAGUUGACGCAACGAUAUCGUGUUACUUUUCAAAUCGUUUUUAUAACAAACAGUUAACAUUGAAAUAAAAAAUUAAUAAUUAAACAAUUGUUCUAUCCUUAAUAUCAUAAAUUUACUUUGACGUAUUAUUCAAUAGUGAUCUUUUUAAUGAAAAUGGAUGAAAGUGAUAAACAACAAGAUCUGUCUAAAAAAUUACAAAAUAUUCUGAUCGAUCGGUCAUAUUGUUGUGAGAGUCUAGUAACAACCGUAUUAAAAGAUGACUCGAACCGACAUAUUUACAUUCCGUUUAUAUGUUUGAAUACGUUAAAACGUUCGAAAACAUUCUUCACGGCUGUACUUCUUUUUAUGAUUCUAAUGAUGUGUCUCUUCGUCUCAAUAAUUUACGUCAUGUCUUUAGAAAUAGGAGAUCCUAUUUAUCAUGAGAUCCAUAUCGAGCACGAUUAUAUCGAUAAAACGGAAACACCGAUUGAGUUUACUCAAAAAGGAAUUGAUAAAAAUCAAACUUCUGAUAUUGAUAUCAAUGAUUUUAACGAAGACACAUUGAAAAUGAUAUAUUCUUUUCUUCCUGAAGAUCAGAAUAAAAAGCGUUUUAAACGCGAAUUAAACAUAUCGUUUGAAAGUUGUCAAGAAACAGCGAAUUACUGCGAAUCGAUAAACAGUUUUCUUAAGAUAUUCACGAACAAUAAACAUUUUUUAUCGAAUUUGUUGGAAGAUAUAGACAUCGUUGUAAACAAUUUAGAAAAUAAAAAUUCGAAAUUUCUGGAAAUGAUAAGAUGUUUAGAGUGUAAAACCAUAAUAACCGAAAGUUACGAGUUUGAUCCAAUGAGCAACGAAGAUAACGAUAUGUCAUUUCAAAACGAAGAUAAGAAUAUUCAAAUCGUUAUCAAUUUGUUAGACGGUAAACACGAUACGAUUGAUGAAUAUCAUAAUUUAGAUUCAACGGAUAUAGAUGAAAAAAGGGAAACUGAUGAUACUGAAACUAUGAAUUUGAUGCCAGAUCCUAUAACAACGUUAUCGAUUGGUCAGGCUAAAAGAGAUAAUACGCGUCAAAUAGUUGAUAACAUAUUAGAGACAGUUGCUAACGAAUCAUCGGAUACAGUUAACGAGAGAUCGAUGGAUUAUGGACUUAAAUUAUCAUCGUCAAGUUCUCAAAUAAUUUUACCCACUGCUGAAGUUAUGCAACAAGCGAGUCAAGUAGAUUUAAAACCACCGUAUACUUGGAUGCCAUAUUCCACGUGUUUUUAUGGUAUAUCUCAAUUUCCCCAGUCCAGUGAUCUAAAUUCGCCUAUCUUUCCAACAUCCUAUCCGUCUGGUUCUUAUCCUCAAAUUCCUCAACAAUCUAUACCAUAUUCCGGGAAUUCGCAAUCAUCAAAUCCAUCUCCACCAAAUUUCUUACAAAUUCAAGCUCAAAAUAUGCAAUUACUAUCUCCUUCUGAGAACAUUGUUCCUUGGUUAUCUAUGCCAAAUCAAAAAGUUCCCCCGGUUGAACCUGGUAGAUCAUUACAAUUUCAUUGCACAUACUUGCCAGCACCGCCGUUUCAUCCCUCAAACAUUCCAGGAGUUCCAGACUUUAGGCAUACAGGAAAGAAUAUAGAAAAUUAUAAAUCUUUACGUUGUCCAGUAAACACAUUUCUAUGCGUUCAAAACAAUCAAUGUAUCUCGAAAUUAAAAUUAUGCGACGGUUACGUUGACUGUUUAGACGGUAGCGACGAAAAGAAUUGCAGUUGUAAAGACAGAAUAGCGAAAAAUCGAUUAUGUGAUGGAUAUGUCGAUUGUCCUAACGGCGAAGACGAAAUGGAAUGUUAUGAUUGUCCAAAAGAUUCAUUUAGCUGUUACAAUUCUAAAUAUGGAGAGAUAUAUAGUAGAUGUGUAUCUCUUUCUAAACGUUGUGAUGGAUCUCCAGAGUGUCUAAAUGGAAAAGACGAAGAAGAUUGUAGUCUACUAUUACCAACACAUAUCAAAAAUACAGAUAUUAACGUGGUCGGUUAUACCGAGGGUUAUCUACACAAAAAUUACGAAGGCAAAUGGUAUCCAGUUUGUUCGAAAGAAAUGACUUUGGCUGAAGAAGCCUGUAAGAAUGAAUUAAAAUUGAAAAAAAUUGAUAAACCAAAAAUUGAAAUCCGUACAGUAUCUUGGAACGAUUAUGAGGGGUCCUUUUUGAUAAUAACAAAUGGCAAAGCGGAAAUAAUCGAUUCUUGCAUGAACACAGUGUAUGUUAAAUGUCCACCUUAUCCUUGUGGUGCAACACAUCAGUCUCAAGAAUAUAAUUCUUAUAUUUCUGAAGAAAAUAAAAUGAGAAAUAAUUUUAAAAUCGGUCAAGUUAAAUUAUCAAAAAAUUCGACAGAAUCGAACGGAGAAAAAGUGGUUACAAAGCUUAACGAAGAAUUUGAUACGAUCCUAGGGAUUGUUGGAGGUCGUGCUAGUGAACCAGAAGCAUGGCCCUUUUUAAUUGCUAUGUACAAGGACGGCAAUUUUCAUUGUGGCGGUGUUAUUUUAAACGAAUAUUGGAUAAUCACUGCUGCUCAUUGUCUCGUUCAAACUAAUCACUAUUACGAAGUACAAGCUGGUAUAUUACGACGUUUAUCAUUUUCACCUAUGACACAAAAUAGAAUCGCAAAAAGUAUUGUAGUACAUCCGAACUAUGAUCCUAAUACGAUGAGAAAUGAUAUCGGAAUGAUUAUGUUGGAUGCCCCACUCCAUUUUAAUCGAUGGGUUCGUCCUGCAUGUUUUCCAAAUGAGAAUAUACCUGGUUCGAUCUGGGAACAAGUACCAUCCGCUCAUACAAUGUGUGUGGUCAUGGGUUGGGGUGCAUGGAUGGAACGAGGCCCUGAUACUGAUCAAUUGAGAGAAGUUGCAGUACCUAUUUUGUCAGAAUGUAUCGAUUUUGAAUAUGACAAUAAAACUGAGAUUUGUGCUGGAUAUCCGGAAGGUGGUCGAGAUGCUUGUCAAGGAGAUAGUGGUGGCCCUUUAUUGUGCAUGAAUCCAUCCGUGGACUUAUCUUAUUACAUAGCUGGUAUAGUUAGUCAUGGUGAAGGUUGUGGACGUCCAGGAAAACCUGGCAUUUAUACAAAAGUUAGCUAUUUCGUCAAUUGGAUCAAACAAAUUUCUGAAGGACGAUCGACACUUCGUAGGAAAGGUUAUCCUUUAAAAAAAUGUCCAGGUUUUAAUUGUCACGAUGGAAAGUGUUUGCCAAGUAAUCAACGUUGUGAUCGUACGGUACAUUGUUUGUAUGGCGAAGAUGAAGAAAAUUGUAAUGAUUUUACUGAUUUUCAAUUAAUCAAAGAAUCCGAAAACGAAACUCAUAAUAAGUAUAUUACGUAUAAUGAUGAUUACAAAGUAGUUACUGAUAUAUCCAAUAUGAAUGAAACCACGAUUGACAGUUCAAAUACAGAAACUCCUAUCAUUACAGAAAAUAUUUCAUGGUCAUCGUCGGAAACCAGUGCAUAUACUGAUAUUUCUAAUAUUUCAUCGUCAACUAUAAAAUAUAUAGAAUCAACUUCUGUCUCAGCGAUCGCAGAGAAUUCUGUUUCUUAUGUAUUUACAUGCAAACUAUUAAUUCAAAGCAUACAUAUAAGUAAACGAUGUGACAGGAUUAUCGAUUGCGAGGAUGGAACAGAUGAACAUAAUUGUACAUGCAAAGAUAUUUUAUAUCAAUAUCGACCAAAAGCAAUAUGUGACGGAUACAUGGAUUGUAAAGAUAAAACCGAUGAAAAUAAUUGCAAGAUAUGUUCGGAUGAUCAGUUUCUUUGCGAUAGAAGUAAAACGUGUAUACCGUUGUCAAAGAAAUGCGAUGCGAAAUUCGAUUGUCCUUUGAAAGAGGACGAAUUGGAUUGUUUCAUCUUAAGUAAUGGCAAGUACGUGAAUAUGGACAUUGACGGACGUCCAAUUUUAAACAUCGAGGGUGUCCUCACUAGAAAUCAAGAUGAAAAAUGGCAUCCAACUUGUCAUCAUUCUGUAAAAAUUCUUAAUCAAUCAUCAACUGUAAUUAUCGCUAAUAAUAUGUGCGAAUAUUUUGGAUUCGAAAACGUUGAUAAAGUUGAAGAGGUACCAGUAUUGAACAUGGAUCUAGAAUUGAAAGAUAUAAACGGAACAAACACGACUUAUUACCAGUCUAUGCCGACGUACGUCGCUCCUAGCGAGGAACUGUCUACAUGUCUAGGUCUUUACAUUCAUUGCAGACCGGUUCUAAGCAGCAGUGCGAACGUACACUUGCUUGUCGAUCCGAAAACCGGAAGUCGUACUUAUAUCUGGCCGUGGUUAGCUGCAGUCUUUGUCGAUGGUCUCUAUCGUUGUUCAGCAAUUUUAUUAGAACCAAAUUGGCUGUUAUCUAGUUCGACAUGUAUCAAAAAUAUCAAAUUAUCAGAAAACUAUACAACUGUAUUGUUGGGUUAUUCUCCGUCGUUCCUUUACGCGGAUGGGCCUCAUCAGCAAGUGUCAAUUGUAGACGAUAUCAAAAUUUUAAACGAUACAGGUGCAUCACUUAUUCAUUUGAAGACAUCAGUCAAUAUGACGCGUCAUGUGCAAGCACUAUUCCUUGAGAAAAAAAUUUACCCACCAAAUAUUAAGGACAGUUGUAUAGCAGUUGGUACAGACAAUGAAUUGACAAUUCAUACGGUGCUUUUAAAACCAGUUUUGAAAAACUGUCAAAAGUGUCAUCGUUGUUUCGUGAGUGCUAGGAACGAUUUCUGUACGACAAAUAACACAUCAAACGAUUGGAAUGGAAUCAUAUUUUGUCACGGAGUUAAAGGCUGGUAUCCGUCGGCAGUGUUUCACAAAAAAAAUCCACCUUGUAGUUUUCAACGAGUGCAAGCCUUAACGAGCAUUGAUUAUUUAAAUGCAUAUCUUACUCAAGCAAUGGAGGAUAAAAUUAAGCCAUACGAAGAACCUAAAUGCAACGGUGUUCGUUGUAAAAUUGGCCAAUGUAUUCCUUGUAAUCGAAUUUGUGACGGAGUGCAAGACUGCCGAGAUGGUUUCGAUGAGAACAUAAAAAAUUGUAUAAAAUUAAAAGAACUCCGUCAGAACAAUAACAUAUACGGUAUUAAAUGUUCUCAAUUCGAGUUACGUUGUGGAAAUGGCGAAUGCGUAUCGAAAAGUCUAUUUUGUGAUGGAAAGUUCGAUUGCAGUGAUAGAAGCGACGAAAUGACGAACUGUAGUUGUGCGAAUUACUUGAGAUUGACUACGCCGGAACGUAUUUGUAAUGGUAAACGAAAUUGUUUGGAUAAAUCGGACGAAUCGCCAAUGAUAUGUCCCUGCAAGGAUGACAGUUUCAGAUGUGCCGGAAUCAAUGGCACUGAAAUAUGUAUCCCACAAGAAUUCGUAUGCGACGAAGAAAAUGAUUGUCCAGGUGGUGAGGAUGAAGCAGAAUGUAAAAAAAUACAAGAAUUUCAUAAGGAUAAAACUAAUGUCGGAGAAGUAAUACAGAGAAGUUUUGGUAUUUGGCAUUCAGCAUGUUCCCCAAAUCCAAUAAACACAAACGAUGACGCAUCCGAGAUCUGUAAAUCAUUGGGUUAUGUUUCUGGUAUAUUAUCAAACAUACAAAAUGAUACCGUAGCAAUGGUUCCAGUUUUCGAUGAUUUUUAUAUAGUUAGAAUAAAUUACAAAACAUGGUUAACAAUGAGAAAUAAUAGUCCAAUGGUAAAAUUGGUAAAGCCAUCGACACCCUGUUAUCGUGCAUUUGUUGUUUGUAAUUCAAAAUAAAUAACUCUAGUACAAUUUA